AAGGGUCCUUUCUUCUUAUACCACAUUUUCUUGAAUUAUUGUUAAGCCUUUCAUUCAUCUAAUUCGCUCUUCUUGUGUCCUUCCUUGGCUUUCUCUCAGUUCUCUGCUUCCUACUCUCUAAUCUCCCCUUAUCGGGCGGGUAUGGAUCCUGUAAAGGUGCUAGAAGGUCUCAUCACUUUUCCGGUGGAGGGAAUACUGAAGUCGGUCGCUUCACUUGCUGCUCAAGAAAUCAGUCUUUUCCGAGGAUUCAAUAAAGAGCUAACUGAGCUUCAACAAUCGUCACUUGCGAUUCAAGAUUACUUAGGCGAUGUUGCCCACCAACCACCUCACAAGCGCAAGGCGUUGGAGGACUGGGUGAAAAAACUGAAAGACGUAGCUCAUGAUGCUGAUGAUGUCUUGGAGGACAUCAACUAUGAAGUUCUCCGGCGUAAAGCAGAACUGCAAAACCACAUGAAGAAGAAGGUACUUAACUUCUUUUCGCUCUCCAAUCCCAUUUUAUUUCGUCAAAAGAUGGCACACAAGAUUAAGAACAUCAAUGCGUCCCUGGCGGUUCUCAAGAGUGAGGCAUCUUUCAUUGGCUUAGUUGCAAGGAGAGAAGAUCAAACCCUUCCAGCUAUGGGGAACAGAGAAACCGUCUCAAGCUUCCGUCAGGAUGAGAAGAUCAUUGGAAGGGAGAAGACAGUGUCGGAUAUCAUUGCAACCUUGAUCGAGUCCAAGAAUCAGGAAAAUAACCUUUCGGUUAUGGCCGUUGUGGGAUUGGGAGGACUUGGAAAGACGACUUUGGCAAAAUCAAUAUUCAAUGAUGAUGCUAUUGGUGGACAUUUCCAGGAAAAAAUGUGGGUGUGUGUAUCCAACCCUUUUUACGUUAAUUCGAUUCUAAAUCGGAUGUUAGAGUCCCUUAAAUUGGCAGGAUGUACAAGUCGGGAAGCAUCGCUGAAUAACCUCAAAGAAAGGUUGAAAGGGAAGAGAUAUAUGCUGAUACUCGAUGAUGUUUGGAAUGAAGCUGAGGAUUUAUGGAGCAGUUUUACGGAUUGUUUGUCGAUGCUCAAUUCUGCUCCCGGAAGCAUUACCAUUGUUACUACCCGCAGUGAAAAGGUUGCAUUAAUCACGGGGACAAUGCCGAAGUGUGAUUUGGGGCUCCUAUCAAACGAGGAUUGUUGGUCCAUAUUAAGGGGUGAAGCAUUACGAAAUGGUAAUGCUCGUUCUCUAGAUUCAGAUCAAGAGGGCAUUGGAAGGGCGAUAGCUGAAAAGUGUGCCGGUGUACCAUUGGUGGCAAAGGUUUUAGGAAGCCUGAUGCGUUCUAAAAAUAGCAGGCGUGAAUGGUCGUCAAUUCUAGAAAGUAAAAUAUGGGAAUUACCAAAUGAAGAGGAGAAAAUCAUGUCGGUCUUGAAGUUGAGUUUUGAUAAUUUAACACCGUCAUUAUUGAAGCAAUGUUUUGCAUAUUGCUCAAUGUUUGUGAAAGAUUUUGAAAUUGAAAAAGAUGACUUGGUCCAGCUCUGGAUGGCUCAAGGAUAUCUCCAUUCUUCUACCAACGUGAGUAUGGAGGAUAUAGGUAAUGAAUAUUUUAAUAUUCUAUUGCAAAAUUCUUUAUUUCAAGAUGCUAGAGAAGAGUACAGUAUUACCAUUUGCAAGAUGCACGAUCUGGUGCAUGAUCUUGCAGAAAAAGCAUUCAAAUUUGAAAGCUUGACGCGAGACUUGGAUCAGAUGGAUGAUGAUGCACUUGAGAUUCAGCAUGUUGCGCGGAUUUCUUCCACUACACUUGAAAGAAUUCCAAAAGGGAGUGUUAAGAGAUUGCGGUCGUUGUUUGUUGAUUGCAAGGUCCCUAGUGGUAACAUCUUUGAAAGGUUUAAAGGUUUACGGAUGUUGAAUUUAUUCGAUGCUGAAAUUGAGGAGUUGCCCAAUUCAAUUGGAAAGUUGAAACGCUUGAGGUAUCUCAACAUUUCCUGGACAGGAAUAAAAGAACUCCCAAAAUCUGUUGGCAAGCUCUAUAAUCUUCAAACGUUAAGAAUGUUAAGAGCAUGGAGGCUUAAAACGUUUCCUAGGGAAAUGGAAAAUUUGAUCAACUUGAGACAUGUUUAUUUCGACGGGGAUGUGGAAGUUCCAUUUGGAAUGACAAGAUUGACUCAUCUGCAAACACUAUCUUCUUUUAAAUUGGAUAGAGCAAGGCGUCAUAGACUUGAUGAGCUAGGUGGGUUAAAUGAACUGAAAGGGAAACUAGUUAUUGGAUCAUUGGAAUUUGUGAGAGACAAGGAAGAAGCAAUGAAAUCAAAAUUAGUGAAAAAGGCAAACCUACGAAAAUUGAUAUUAAAAUGGGGGUGGGUCCCUCCUGAAGAAAGAAAUGGCAAUUUUCUUGACGAGGAUAUUCUUGAAGGACUCCAGCCGCACCCCAACAUAGAAAGCUUGAGGAUUGAGGAAUUCAAGGGUACUAAAUUUGCAUCAUGGAUGAUGAGCGAUUCGUUGCCCAUCAAUUUAAUAGAGAUUGAGUUAAGCUGUUGUGUAGAAUGUGAAGCAGUCCCACCACUCGGACACUUGCCGAAUCUUAGACGUAUUUUAUUUGAGAAUAUGGAGAAGCUUAAAUGUGUUGGAGUUGAGUUUUAUGGUUAUAAAUACAUUAAUAAUGAUGAGGCGGCCACGGAGGUGACUUUGUUUCCAGCAUUGAAAAGCUUAUCAUUUAUCCAUUGCCCAUCAUUAAGUGAAUGGAAGGAAGCGGUUGUUGAGAAAGUGAGGUCAACAGGUGAGAAAGCAGCCUUAGUAGUGUUUCCCUGCCUUGAGCAGUUGACAAUAGAGCAUUGUCGGGGAUUGGCAAGUGCUCCCACUCAUUUUCCAUCUCUCAGGGAGUUAGAUAUACGUUAUGUUGAUAACGCCAUGCCAAUAGAAAAUAUAUGCAGUCGAGUAACCAAUCUCCGUGAAUUGAGAAUUAGGAGUUGUGAGAAAUUGUUGAGCUUGUGUUGUGGGUUAGACUAUUGCCCUUCACUUGAGACAGUGGAAAUUAAAUAUUGCCGCAAUCUAGAAUCCUUCCAAAUUUCAUCAUCCCAGUCUCUUGAGGAGUUGAAAAUAGUUGAUUGCCCAAAGUUAAGAUGCACUUCAAUUCAGAAUAUGCCCUCACUCCGUGAUUUGGUUAUUGAGAGAUGCACUACUCUCGAGGAAGACUUGUCUUUAAACGGUUGCACAUCCCUCCGUCAUUUGAUUAUUAGAUACUGCGAUGGAUUCAAAAGUAUACUGAGUGGGCUCCUUUCUUGUACCAGUCUUCGCACAAUGGAUAUUUAUAAAUGUCCAAAUUUGAGGACUUUGUCGGGUCCUGGGCUACAAACCCCCGUCUCUCUUGAACAUCUAAGUAUCAAGCAUUGCAGUAAUCUGGAGGCUCUUCCCAGUUUAGACAACCUCACAUCCCUCCUUGAAUUGUCUAUUGGCAACUGCGAUCGAUUAACAAGUAUACCAAGUGGCCUCGCAUCCUGCACAUCUCUUACCAAAUUACUGGUCGACUCAUGCGACAAUUUGAUAUCUCUGGCGGAUCACAAUGUGUCCAGCUUGCAAUCUCUUUCCUCUUUAUAUUUAUCUGAAUGUGGGAAAUUACAAUAUUUUCCCAAGGGGCUGCACUCUCUAUCUCGUUUGGAAGUGUUGUCUAUCGGUGCCUUCUGCCAAGAGCUCGAUUCUUUCCCUGAUUUUCAGGUCCCAUCGAAACAAUUAAGAUUGUACGGGUGGCCUAAGCUCCAGUCUCUGCCUCAGCAAAUUCAACACUCUGCUUCUCUAACACGUUUGUCCAUUUCUUGUUUCGAUGGUCUGGAGGCUCUUCCAGAAUGGUUGGGCAACCUCACAUCUCUUACACGGUUGUCAAUUUGGAAAUGUAAGAAUCUGAUGUAUCUGCCUACGGUCGAAGCUAUGCAACGCCUAACCAAAUUACAUGAUCUAGAGAUUGGACGGUGUCCCCGUCUGGAAGAAAGAUGCGCCAAGGACAGCGGCCCAGAAUGGCCAAAGAUUUCUCACAUUCCACAUCUGAGUAUUGACAGCAGAAUGAUUGUCACUUGAUGAUUGAAAAGGCUCUUACCAGAGUGGUGACGGAACCUUUCAUGAAUCGACCAUUUAUCUAUUCACCGUUGUGGGAAUCUCAAGUAUCUAUCGGCACUCGGCAGUAGGGAAGCCAAUCCAAAUUUUACUGUUGCCUUCUAAAUUAAAACAAGCAAUCCGCCCGACUGGCGCAAGAUUUCUCGCAGUUUUGUACAAGGUUGUGUUUCUUCUCACUGUGUGCAGGUCCUCUCAACUCACACAGUUUUAUUAGACCAAUUUUAUGGAAGCUCACUUAAGAAGGGAUUCCAGUAAGAGAAUUGCAUUAGGAGAGGAGAGCAAGCGCAGCACAACGGAAACUUAGAUGCAAAAAAUAGCAGAUUUCGGUCUGUCCAUGGUUUUUUUUCCAGUGAUAAUGAGACUUGUGUAGGGACAUUGGUCAUGGGCAGAACGGGUUUCUCAUCGGAGGAGUUGAGAAUAGUUGGAGGCUGAAAGCUAAGAUGCACUUCAAUUCACAGUUUGCCCUCACUCCGUCUUUUGUGAAUUGAGAAGUCGGUAGAUUUCUUACCGGAGGAGGAGGAGGAUGACUUGUCUUUAAACGGUUGCACAUCCCUCCAUGAUUUGUUUAUUGAAAAUUGCAAUGGAUUCAAAAGUAUACUGAGUGGGCGCCAUUCUUGUACUAGUCUUCGCACACUAAGGGGGUGUAUUCAAUUGGGAUUUUAAGGGA